AUGCAAACAGCCCCUAUUCGACUGAAGAUGAGAGAGCAGCGUCUGCGAUGGUUCGGGCAUGUACUGAAAAGACCACAGAGCCAUCCAGUGAGGGAAGCAAUGGAAUUUGAGGCUCAAGGUAAGCGACCAGGAAGAGCCACAGAAAAGAGAUGGAGGGACGUGACCAUGAAGGACCUUUCCGAAGCCAAGGUGACGGCAGAGGAUGCCGUAGAUAGAAUGAAAUGGAGAUGGCCGACAGGAACAGCGGACCCUGCGACGGUGCGGGAUUAA